GUAGGAUGUGACCUACUCACCACCUGCAGGACAUAAUGUCACAGGGCAGAGGGAAAAUUUGGGAAGGGAGUGGGAAGCAUAUGCAGUGGUUUAUUCUCGCUUAUCUUCUCCUCCUGGCUUUACCAUGCAUGGGCUUCCUCCCAAACUUUUGGUCUCGAGUGUUAACACUGUCCUGGAACUCACACACGCACCAGGACAUCACAGAGCAAUCUAUUCUCAAUGUCACCCUGGAGACUCUGAGGGGCACCAAAAAACACCAGGGAAACCAUGCAGAAGAACUGACCAGACUGGGCCGUGGCUUCUGGAGAGCUGUAGGAGAGGUGGUGAAGUCCAAUGCGGCCAUGGACUUCCUGAGCUCCACCAGGUCCGACCCGGUGUACCACUUUGAUUCAGAACACGUGGAGAGCGCCAUGGUGAUGUUACGUCAGUUCUGGGCUCAGACUCUGCUCUCAGUACGGGCGAAAGAGUACCAAAGUGCUCGCCACAGCUUGGGCCAGCUAUUUCACUCCUUGCAGGACUUCUACAGCCACAGUAACUGGGUUGAGAUGGGCCAGCGCUUAAUUUACCUCCACCUGCUGCAGCCAGAGGAGCCUGCCAUCCCCGUGGCUAACGAAGACACUCCUACCUGUAUGGAGUGCUUCAGCCUCACCUGUCGAGACAACCUUAUGCCAAGACUGACAAAAACACGGCAAGACUCCCAGCUGCUGACCACCGGCUACUUCAGCACUUUCCCUCAAAAACCUCAGGGCAAAUGUAGUCAUGGAGGUAUUCUGGACAGUAGCCGCUAUAUUGGGGCCAAAGGGGGCAUCAACAAGGACAGCACCUCACCUCUUUUUUCCCCUCACCAUUACCUCCAUGUGGAAGCGGCCACUUUGGCUACUGAGGCAACCCUGAGUGUGCUCAGAGACCUCAGAGACACUGUGGGCCAUAAAACCUUCCUCAGACUUUUCAGUGUGAAGCAGGUCCCUGCAUUGGUGUUUGUCAUGGACACCACAGGCAGCAUGUUUGAGGAGAUUACUGCCGCUCGCCUCCGGGCCCACUCCAUUAUCCAGAGCCGAGACAGCCACCCUGGGCAACCUGGCACCUUUCUACUUGUGCCCUUCCAUGACCCAGGGGUAGGACCAGUGUAUGAGACUGAUGACCCAAAUCAGUUUAUGCUGCAAAUGGAGAACCUGAUGGCUCUGGGAGGAGGAGACGAACCAGAGAUGUGCCUCUCUGCUAUCCAGCUGGCACUCACUCACAGUCCACCUCUGUCAGAGAUCUUCGUAUUCACUGAUGCUUCCCCUAAAGACGCCCACUUGUAUGAUGCAGUAAAGGCCCUCGCACUUGAGAAACAAAGCAAGGUGACGUUUCUCCUAACUGAAGACCCCAACUAUAUAACCGAGAGCAAGAGGAGUCCGAGGAGGAGGAGGAGGAGGAGGAGAACGAGUAAGGAACCCUUGUCCCCGGAUCGUUUCUCUCUCUACUCUUCCCUGUCCUCCGUGUCAGGAGGACUGACAAUAUUCACUACCAACUCUGACAUCCAAGAUGUCUCCACCAUAGUGGAGGAUAACACAGCAGCUGACAAGGUGACCCUCCUCCAUGUGGAAAGUGAUGAAAAGUUAAUGUCCUCCCAUUAUUUCAGAGUUGACAGCUCAGUAAGAAAUGUCACACUACACGUCACUGGCAACCUGAUAGAGUGCAUCCUUACCAGUCCGUCAGGCCAAAGCCAGUCUCUGUUGAGUGAGCAAGGCCCUCUGGCAGAGAUUGAGCACUUCAAGGGUCUGUACCGCAUUAGCCUGCUCUUUCCUAUACAGCCAGGUCAGUGGAAACUCCAAGCCAGGAGUGAUGGACAUCUCACUUUCAAUGUCAUAGGCGACAGUAGUGUGGAUUUCCUGUAUUACUUUGCCACUGUAACCAAUGAGACACAUCCAGGUCUGGCCAGAGUGGAGGGUAGUCCAGUAGCAGGCGUUCCUGCCUUUCUGGUGCUGGCUGUGACGGGCCUGGCUCUAGAUGAGGAAGCGUCUUUCAGUCAUGUGACGCUACUGGGAGCUGAUGGGGAGAGCCUCCAGCAGGUGAAGCUGAACUCUUCCUCCUCCUUCUCAUCUCUAUCAUCCUACUCUGUGGAGGAACUGGUGGGAUGGGUAGGUUCUGUUCCCAGAGACCCCUUCUGUGUUCGACUAACAGGCCGAGACAGCAGAGGAAACAAGCUGGAGAGGGUUUCCACAGAGAUGGUUCAGCCCACUCAUGUUCAGAUACAGGUUUUAUCUGUGCCCCGCCUGGUACCUGGUCACAGCACAAUGGUGGACUUUGACAUCCUGAACCAUGGCCCAACCCGACUCUUCAGUCUGACGGCUGAUGAUGACUGUGGAUAUGUUCAGAAGAGAGGACCUCAUAGUUUCCCUGUUGCAGAACAAGGAUCCUUCCGUGGUCAGGUGGACCUCCACACUCCUGCCACAGCUCAGGCCGGAGCAACUGUCACCCUUACACUCACUGUGCAUGCUCUUGACUUGCCAGACUCCAAUUACGCAGUGGCCUACUUGACUGUGGUCCCUCCGGAUCCUGACACGUUGCCACCAACCUGCUCUGCUGCUCAAGUACAGUCUACCUGUCUUUCCAUCUGCAAUGAGUCUAUCUGGAGUGUAUCUCUGGUCGUGUCAGACAGGGGGCGCUCUGGGCUCGCUGCCCUCCAGCUACAGAAGGGUGAAGGUGUUCUGACUUUAUUCCACAGCCCCCCACUUACAGAGGAAAGCCUGGUAGAGGCCCAGCCCGGACAAGACCAGCAAAAGACACAAAAGGACAAGACAACCAGUGGAGGCCACCACCAUCACCAUCCACACCACAAGGUCAGAUUAGAGAAAGGAGACCCCCCUUUGAAUGUAUCUGAAUGGGUACUGGGCUCAUCUCAGCCACUGUGGGUGAGGUACACAUCCAGCUGCUGCUCCGCCCAGGCAGAGCUGCUGGUGUGGGACACAGCUGGAAACAUGAAGCGUUGCCAUUUAACAUCUGGCCAGCAGAGGCAGCCAAGUGACUGGAGUACAGAAAGCAGUGGAGCUGGACGGAUUACGCUCACAGGUGUCCUUUUCUGGGCAUUGGGUCUGCUGUGGUCUUCUCUGCUGUAGAUCAAUGGGACUACAACUGUUUUGCAGGUCAAACUAAUCUACGUGUUGAUCACUGGAUUCCAGCAGCCAGCACAAGGAGCAACACAAAAAAAGAUAUGAAACUUGUUCUUUGUUGGAGGACAGAGACUGAAUAACAAAUGUAGUUUGAAGUCAGUCACUUAAUGUAAAGAACCAUGUAUUUCUUAAUUGCUGUAUAUGUGCUUGCUACUUUAAUUUUUGUAAAGAGGGUGCG